GGCUGUCGCUAUGAAGAAUAAACUACGCACCGAGCAGCAGCUCAAAUCCGUUGAUUCCUUGGAAAGUACUCGUCGCAUACUCAGCAUGAUGGAAGAAUUCAACGAGAUGGAAAUUCGCUCUCUUAAGCCUUUGUGUGAUCAGAACGAGGUAUUGGAUCGCAUUGAGGAGGGAAUGGGUCGCAAUAAUGCGGAUAUGCGUGAGGAGGAAAAGAAUCUCAGCGGCAUGGAGAAAUACUAUGGCAUCAGCGUGCUGCCGUGUAAUAAAAUUAUUCUGAAGGACGACUGGAAAGCGAAUAAUAUGGAAUCCGAGUUGGUGAACCCAAACAAAAAAAUCGAAACCAUCAAUGCCAAGGAUGAUUCCAACUAUAUGCGCAUUGACGGUGUUAAUCAGGUGUCAAAAUUUAAUGAUCAAUUAUAACUGCUUGAUACCGAUCACCAGUAGAUGGAGCAACAACAAAAGCAUAGCAAUAGCAUCAAAAAUAA